UCCUAUAAAAUAACCCAGUUCGCGUGCCGGAUUACCGACGCGGAUGUGUUCGGCUAUUCGUCUCCGAUUUUUUUCUUCCGCGGCGAGCGACCGCUUCUCCAAGCCCCUCUCCGCCGCCGCCGCCGCCGCCCCCCACCUCUCCUACGCCGUCGCCGCAAUGUCAUUGCCCGACCACCACCGGCAUCAUCAGCAGGGGCAGCCCAUUUCCGCGAGUGCCCCCGAGGCUCCGAAUAAUUACCCGGUGCCGCUGUCGCCUCCGCUGCCUGCGGUAUCGAAGCCCAUAGAGCUUGCGAGGGCGAUGUCGGCUUCUUCCAGAUCGAGCCUCUUCGUUCUCGAGAGAGACCGUGUGGUGCACGAGGACGAGUGGCUCAUAGCCGUCAACAAGCCGCCGGGAAUUUACUGUGAGAGCGUGCUGGCGUCGGUCUCCCGGUUUGUCGGUGACUCCGGCGAGUCUGCCAAGGCCGGCGGGGUCUGUGAAGGGAGUAACUCUGCGCCGCCCGAACUUCACCUUGCAAACCGGCUCGAUCGAGACACGAGUGGAGUUAUGCUUAUCACCAAAUCGCACAGAGUGGCUUCGAAGCUUGUGAAGGCAUUUACAGAGCACAAGGUGAAGAAGACAUACAUAGCCCUGUGCGUCGGGGUGGUCCCCAAAUGGGAGAAGAUCACGGUAAGGUCGGGGCAUGGGAGAUCAAAGUUUGGGGCUUGGCGAGUCUAUGCUGCAUCAGAUGUGGGCCGGAGUCUCCCUGGCGGAUCCCUUGUGCGAGACAUGGAGACUUCCUUAGAAGUGUUGUGUGUAAACGGAAAAAAGAGGCUGAGCAAAAUAUCCAACCAAGUAAACAUCGAAGAAGACAUGAUAGUAGUUGAAGAAAAAGCUUUGGUAGGUGAUGGAGCGAGUGGUGAGAAGGAUGAGGUUCUGAUGAGAGCGAGCCCUAGGAGUGGAAGAACCCAUCAGAUACGACUCCAUUGUCAGUAUCUCGGGAUCCCCAUUAGGGGAGACGUUAAGUACAAGGGCGUAUAUGAAUGGGAAGGGAAAGUGUACGACUUUCAUGCACUUCAUGCUGAGAGCUUGUCAAUUGAUCACCCAGAGACCGGAGAAAGGAUCAUGUUUCGAGCACCAUUGCCUUCCUGGGCUAGUCAGGAUUUGGAGCUAUAAAUGCUUCAAGUCUACCUCCUCAAAUUGAUGCUAAGUGUAUAUAUCAUUGGCAAUAUGGAAUACUUGAUUUUGUUCGGCCCAAAACCUGGCCCUUCUUACUGCGCAGAAAGCAAGGUGCUGGGAAUGGAGCUCAAAGCAACUCGUAAGUUUGUAUUGAUAUAGUAUCCUCGAAAUACAGUAUGAAGAUUGAUUGCGAAAAUACGUUCCAGAAAUAAUUCCAUGAUGUCCUCUAGAAUAUCUUCGCCAAACCAUUACCUCCACCACCAUGACGGAUCACAGAUUGCUUCUGGUGCUGCUGCCAUUUAGUGGUCGCCAAUUGUCGGAGCCGUCUUGUAGAGGACAGAAGGUAAGAACAAGUUCCCUUGCUGUUCCUUUUAUGAUGCUGAGAACAGAAGUUUGCAGGGACUGCUCUGAGCUUAUGAUUUAAGUUUGAGCUCCGUCUUGUUUUGUGAAAUUACAAUCGUCAUUCAAGAGUGGCAAGAUGAAGCCAAUAAAGGACUCCUCGAUUCAAGUUUCAGUGCCUUGGUUUGAGCUUGUGAUUCAAGGUCCAAUUUCUGGUGAAAGCAAUGAAGGUAUAUAUGUCUUUUUUCCCGAUUGAGAGCCACUUGGUGACUGCAUUUCUUCCAAACCCAAGACCCAAUAAUGGCCCCGUGAAUGGUCACGAUCACUGAGAGCUUCCUGAAAGCUCAGUCUCCAAGGAAAGGAAUGUGUUUGGUAUGAAAGCUCACUGUGAGUAAGAGCAAAGCGCGGUCUGUAAGGAUAUGCUUGGUAAGAAGGAAAUUAAAGGAAUCGACGUCAAAAAUCGUCCAGCUUGAUGUUAGAAGCGUUAACAUGUGCUAAACACGGCAUUUUAGUUCUCUCACAUCCUAGAUCCCGUGAGAUUCACUGGUUUCUGAUGCAGCGUGGGAGCCCUGGACCCUGGUUAGCACUUAGCAGUGUGAAUCUGAGAUCUGUUUCCCGAUCUAUUCUCAAAAAAUUAGAUGAGCUACAACAAAAGAGACAAGAAAUGCCCUUCUGUUCCGAAGUCAUGUUUCUCUACUGAUGAACAAUUCUUGAACAUGUAAUGAAAAUUUCUGUAUCAUUUUUAGUCAGUCUUUUUCAACUGAAAUCGUAUGGCUCAAUGGGAAGAA